CAUGUCCCACAAACUAAUUUCGGCAUGAAAUUAUUAUUUAAUGAUUGUGCGUGAGUGCGUACCUGUGAUACUUGACUUGUGUUGUCGGUGUUGAUGAGCUCGAACGCCAAACUUCUAAUUAACUAUUGUGGAAGUUAAUUGUGCUCUGUUUAAUGUAAUUACUUCCAUUUCCAGCAUGGAGCGGACGACCGGGCAACGAUGGCACCUCUACGUUGUAUUCGCCUCACUUCUGACGCCCGUUACAAGUGUGGAAGAGAAUCAACCCGAAAUAUUUCUUUCGCCCCGUAAUUUCAACCCUCACCCUUACGAAGCCGGUUAUGACCCGAGGGAUGCUGCUGAUGCAAAUAGGGUAGGCCCUGUAGUGUUCCCACCUUCACCCCCGGACGAAGAUAACUCCGUUAAUAGCAAUGUUUUAACUCUAGAGAGGGAGCGCCAAUUGAAUCAUCCAAUAGAUAAUCACCCCUACGCAAAAGUAGCCAGGAAACGAAAAUACCAAUUUCCGGGAAGAUUUAGUCAACAGAGCCCGCCCAUAAAUCCGAAGGUAUAUGAAGCUUUAUCCAAGCACGGUGCGAGAGUGCUUUCAGAGCCGGCCUCUCAGUUAAGGAAGGAUUACACUCUCUCCUCAUUAUCCACCGAGCGCAAGAAUUACGCCUUCUCGUAUAAAGUAGUGGAUCACUUAACCGGCGAUGACUUCUCGCACACGCAAUCCCAAAAUUCCCGCGCGACAAACGGCGAAUACAGAGUCAAAUUGCCAGACGGCAGGGUGCAAAUAGUCUCAUACACAGCCGACAAAAACGGCUACAAAGCCGACGUCAAAUACACCGAAAACGACCUCCCGGCUCCCAAUGUACAAAUUCAGCAAACCCAAAUCCCGAUACCCAUUCUCAAGCCGAACUCUUACGAUUACCACCAAUACCUAGGCGGAUUCGCACCGUACGUGGUCUCCACACCCAAGAGCCCCCUGCCCUUGUACGGCAGACAGCCCAAGGUGCAGAUUUACCCCAACGGGGAAAUAAAUGGAUUGGGUAAUUACAUCGGAUCAACUGCAGCGCCCUAUUUGCCCAAGGCGUAUCACGGGGACGUCGUCGCCUCGACCGUAGCUCCCACGUUGGCGGGCUACACUCAAGUGUACACUGUGUAUUAACACCGCCAACUUCAGCAUCGCUCAAAAUCAACAAGAGCACAGGCUCGGUUUAUGCCAAAUAAAAAUUAGAUUCAUUACCCGGAAAACACGCUCGGAAUGUUUGCUGCGUUAUUGUAGGGGUACAUUUUAAAUUAGGUUUAACCAGAAACAAAUGUACAUAAGAGAUGGAUAAUGGGCUGUGUGUGGAUACUUGCCGUUAUCUAUUUAUUUAUGUAAUUAUUCACUUUUGGUUUUGUUUAGUUCGGAAUUUGUGAGCGAUAUUCCGCACAUGCUAUUUUAAUUAAGAAUUUUUAUUUUUUUUAUUCCUAUUGUACUAGUAAAAUACCAGUUUAUGCAUGUUGUUUUAUGUAUUUAUUAUUGUUGUGUACAGGUAAAUAAACAACUUUAUCAAAACAAAAAUAUUUUAUUA